AUGAGUUACUCAUCUUGUGUUUAUGGAAAAAUUGGGAACCAGAAGCCACUGUUCCCCGAUGAUUCUGAGAUCGACGAACUAUUUAAGAUAUUCAGGGUACUUGGUACACCAAAUGAACAAAGUUGGCCAGGAGUCACCUCUUUGCCUGAUUUCAAGUCGGCUUUCCCGAAGUGCCAGUCUCAGGAUCUUGCAGCAGUUGUCCCAAAUCUUGAACCCGCUGGUUUGGACCUUCUCUCUAAAAUGCUUCGGUACGAGCCAAGCAAAAGAAUCACAGCCAGGCAGGCUCUUGAACAUGACUACUUCAAGGACCUUGAGAUGGUACAAUGACCUGUGUUGUUCUUAGUGUUUGCAUCUGUAUGAGUUGAGGUUUGUUUCAUUCCUUUUAUGACCACCGAUCUUUCUCUGUCUCCCUCUCUGAUCUGCAUUUUUGUCUUAGAGCUGGAUAAUUUGGAAUGUGGUGUGUUUUGAGAUGCAUGUAUUGGAUAAUGUCGAAUAGAUUACCACCCUGUUUUUCUCUACAUCUCCACAGAAGUCUGAUGCUGAAUCUUUUUUAAUGCUCCCUCUAGGCUCUAGCCUAUGUAACAUUGGUCCCUUAAAUUUUAUUAUAAUCAAUUGUUUUUGUGCAACUUUUUAAGUAACAGUAAUCAUGUGAUAUUGCUCUUUGAGAAUUUUCAUAUCCAGAAGUGUGAGAAUCCUAACAACAAUGAAAUAUUUCUG